CUCUGACACAAUCAAAACAAACAAGUUUGCCGCAACAGACGAGGUGCACCGGCGAAAAAUGGAAAAACCAGAAGAACCAGCACUAGCCAAAGAGGCCGUUCUACAGGAAAGCACCAAACUGCCGACAGAUACUCCGAUUGUGCGGGGUUACGAUUGGAACGAUGGGUACGAUUACAGCAAGCUGUUCAGCACGUACGUGCACAGCGGCUUUCAGGCCACGAACCUCGGCAAAGCGAUUGAAGAAAUCCGUAAAAUGAUUGCCGCUAGACGUGUCCCACUGCCCGAAGACAAGCUGGACGCGUACGAGGAGGACGAGUUCAUCAAGCGCCGUUCGAGCUGUACCAUCUUUCUCGGUUACACAUCCAACAUGGUUUCGGCCGGGGUACGCGAAACGAUCCGCUUUCUGGUGCAGCACCGGCUUGUCGAUGCCAUAGUGGCGACGGCGGGCGGAGUAGAGGAGGAUCUGAUCAAGUGUCUCGCCCCGACUUUCCUCGGUUCGUUCGAGUUGGUUGGCCGCGAGCUGCGCGAACGUGGCAUCAACCGGAUAGGGAAUUUGCUGGUACCGAACGAGAACUAUUGCAAGUUCGAGAACUGGGUCAUUCCGCUGCUGGACGAGAUGCUCGAGGAGCAAAAGAGCGAAAAGCGAACACUCUGGACACCGUCCAAGGUGAUUGCCCGGCUGGGGGAGCGUAUUAAUGACGAAUCCUCGAUCUAUUACUGGGCCGCCAAAAACCGGAUCCCGGUGUUUAGCCCUGCCCUGACCGAUGGUAGCCUCGGCGAUAUGAUGUACUUCCAUUCGUUCCGUAAUCCCGGCUUGGUGGUGGACAUCGUAUCCGAUCUACGGCGGUUGAAUACGAUGGCCGUGAAGGCGGUUCAAUCGGGGAUGAUCAUCGUGGGUGGUGGUGUUAUCAAGCAUCACAUCUGCAAUGCGAAUCUGAUGCGAAACGGAGCGGAUUUUAGUGUGUUCAUCAACACCGCGUCCGAGUACGACGGUAGCGAUAGUGGGGCACGCCCGGAUGAGGCCGUUUCGUGGGGUAAAAUCAAAAAGGAUGCCUCACCGGUGAAGGUGUACGCCGAGGCAAGUCUCGUGUUUCCGAUACUGAUCGGUGAAACGUUCGUUAAGGAACACUUUCGGGAAAAAUCGGAAAACGAGAGGAAUUCAAAAUAAAACGGAAACCGCCUCGUUAUCACAAGCGA